AUGCGGGAACUCGAGAAAUUAAUCGAACCCGUACGAAAUAUUUUACAGAUGCUACAGGCAAUAAAGAAGAUCAUCGGAGACUUGGGAGCGACGGGCGAAGCGCCGGUAAAGAAGGUGGAUGACUACCUACGGCGACUAGGACCAUGCCUAGCUGCACUGAGGGAGUCGGGUAUCUCUGCAGCCCAGAGCUUCCAUCCUGGAGCUCCAAGCACAGUCAGCUCCACCUCCCUGGAGCAGCCAUUGGCAUCAACUCCACCUACUUGGAGCUCCAGUGUGGAAGCUCCGGGCUGCAGAGAAAUGUACUUGGGAGCAGGAAAGAAUGUGACGAGCACAAUCGUCAAGUCAUCGAUGGUGCUGAAAAACUGUGGACGGGAUUUGGCAAAUUAUAACGUAAUGGAAAAACCUCACAUUUUAGCUUUGCAGCCUGGGGACAAGUCUGGCAUCCACUCUGCCUUUGCACCGAUUAUUGAGAAGCAUUUCACAAUCAUCUCUAAUGAUGAGUUCACAAAAGACAAGCAACGCUGGGCAGACAAAGUGCAAGCCGUGUUUGUGUGGUGUGCUGUUCCUAAACUUAACAGGGACCUCCUGCAGGCCCUGCCCAACUUGAAGGCUGUAAUAAAUGGAGGCGUUGGAGUGGAUCAUCUUGAUAUCCCAUUGAUAUCCAGUUUUGGGGUAAAAGUAACCAGCACCCCAAAUCUGGUCAACAAUGCAACAGCUGAUUUGGGCAUGACCUUGCUACUGGCAUCUGCACGGAAGGUCAUACAAGUUCAUUUUGGCAGGAAAGAAGCAGAAGAAAAAGCUGUAGGCGCCCAUUAUUAUGAAAAAAUGGAUGACCUGCUGCAUGACUCUGACUUUGUGAUGCUGGUUGUGGACUUGUCUCCACAGACUUACCAUCUAAUUGGAAAAAGAGAGCUAAGCUUAAUGAAACAAACGGCCACCAACAUAAGCAGAGGUCUUGUGGUAGACCAGGAUGCUCUUUUUGAAGCUCUGAGUACAGGACUGAUCCAUGCAGCAGCUCUGGAUGUGACAUAUCCCGAACCCCUGCCGAGAGACCACCCACUGCUCAAGCUUGACAAUGUCCUUAUAUUGCCUCAUAUGGGAAGCCAUACCUACCAGACAACUCAAGUCAUGGUGGAAAGAAUGGUCGCCAAUGCCCUUGCGAUAUUGAAUGGCCAGCCACCACUUGAUGAGGUGAAAGCAUCAAAAUAAAACAAAAAGAGGAAAAGUAUGUUAAUGUUUUAUCAGUGACGUGAUAAUUUGUAAUUACUUUUUAACUUUUCCAUAAAUCAAUUUUGAAGGUACAA